AAGUCUUGGGCAAAAUAAAUCAACAACUGGUACCUUGCCAAACUGGGUGUUUUCUGUUGAUAGAAGCAUAUAAAAGGGACACACAAGAAAUAAAGAAAAACAUCACCAUAUCCCGAGUUACAAGAACUGGAUAAAUGUAACGUUGACCUUGAGCGCUUGAGGUUAUAGAGAUGCUACACGCUACAAUGCUACCUCCGAUGCGGAAAAGACAAAGGCGCACAGAGGGCACAGAGGGUCCGAGGUACGGUGUGGAGGUGAAGUUUCCAGAUGUGCGGCUGUACCUGGUGGAGAAGAAGAUGGGGGCCACCAGGAGGGGUUUCCUGGCCCAGCUGGCAAGGGCCAAGGGGUUCCUGGUGGAAGACGUCCUCAGUGAGCGGGUCACUCAUGUGGUGUCCGAACAGAACCAGGCACAAGAGCUGUGGCAGUGGCUGAGGAGGCAGGCUCUGAAUAACUUGCCCACACUGCACGUGUUGGACAUCGGCUGGUUCACCGACAGCAUGAGAGAGGGGAGGCCUGUCACUCUGGAAGCCAGGCAUCACAUACAGGAUAUCCUUCCGGAGGCUUCUACACAUCUUCCAGUGGUCGUGUUGUCUCGCUACGCCUGUCAGAGAAGGACAUCCACUGAGAACCAUAAUGAGAUCUUCACGGAUGCCUUUGAAGUGAUGGCAGAGAGCUACGAGUUCAGCCAGUGCGAUGGCCAAUGCCUGGCCUUCAGGCGAGCCGCCUCCGUGCUGAAGAGUGUGCCCUGGCCGGUGGAGCGCCUGGGGGCCGCCACCCGCCUGCCCUGCUUGGGGGAGCACACCAGGGCGGUCAUGGAGGAGAUCCUUCAAUGCGGCCGUUCAUUUGAAGUGGAGAAGAUACUUUGCAAUGACAGAUAUCAAAGGCUGAAGCUGUUCACCAGCGUGUUUGGGGUUGGGCCAAAGACAGCCGAGAAGUGGCACCGCGGGGGUCUGCGCACGCUCAAUGACGCUCUGGAAGACCCCGGUGUUGAACUGAACAGCAUGCAGAAAGCAGGAUUCCGGCACCAUGGGGACAUCUCCAGGGCUGUGAGCCGGGCCGAGGCCCUCGCCCUGGGGGAGAUCCUCCACCAGGCGGCCCUGGGCAUCUCCGCGCACGCCGUCCUGGUGCUGACGGGCGGCUUUCGUAGGGGGAAGGAGUUUGGUCAUGACGUGGACUUCCUGCUCAGCACACCGGAGCAGGGCAAGGAGGAGACCCUGCUGCUCAGCCUGGUGGACAGCCUGAGACGCCAGGGCAUUCUGCUGUACUGCGACCACCACCCCUCCACCUUUGACAUCAAUAAUCUGCCCGGUGUCAGCUUUGAGGCCAUGGACCACUUUGCCAAGAGCUUCCUCAUCCUGCGGCUGGAGGACCGCCAGGUGGAGGGGGGUGUCCAGCGGCCGGAGGGGCAGCACGACGGCCGGAGCUGGAGGGCAGUUAGGGUGGACGUGGUGGCUCCGCCCAUGGAGCGCUACGCCUUCACUCUGCUCGGCUGGACAGGAUCCAGGCAAUUUGAGAGAGACUUGAGGAGGUUUGCCCGAAAGGAGAAGAGAAUGCUGCUGGACAACCAUGGCCUGUGGGACAAGACCAAGAAAGAAUUCCUGCCAGCGGAGCGUGAGGAAGACAUCUUCGCCCAUCUGGGUCUUGAGUACCUUGAGCCUCAGCUCAGGAACGCGUAGGCCCGACAUGCGCGCACACACCUCUGCAUCCCCAUGUUACCCCUGGCCGCAACAGCCUUGCUUUGUCAAUCUAUUUUCAUUUUCACCAAUACUCACCUGAAUUACAUUCACUGUCAUUUGUGUCGUCUAUGUCGUUUUUGUUGACAUACAUUGUUGAUGCUCUGAUUCUACCUAUUCUCCUUUUUGCUUUUGAUUAAACGAUUGUCUUUAGAACUCA